UCACCUUCUUAAGCAUUCGACUCACAGAAAUAAAUAAACCGAAUCAUUUUCCGAUGCAACUUAAAGACUGAAUGAACAUCACCAGACGAAUGACUACACACAUCACGUCACGAUGUAUACAAUUAGACUACUCAGUCUUUUUUCAACAUUCUCAGUUUUAUCAUCUCUGAAAAUCAUAAGACCAACCAAUUUCCAAGUUAUCAAAAUAUCUGAAAAUACGGAACCUGGUAUCAUUUUCAGUGCUGUCGUAGAAAAUCCAACUUAUGACCAGUUGAAUUAUCGUCUUCAACAAUUCGGCUCCAACUUCUAUCUAGACGGCAAAAAUUUGAUGACCGCUCGAGAGUUUGAUUAUGAGGUCACCGGAGACAGAAUGCAUGAUUUAACUUUGGAAGUGAGCGACAGUUAUACUACAGUAGAGUGCAGUUUCCAAAUCCAAGUGACGAAUAUAAACGAUAACAAACCGGUGCUUUCUGGUUCGUUUCGCGGUUAUGUGAAAGAAGAGCAGCCCGUGGGUGAAAGUGUUAUUUUCAAAUCUCUUUCAGCUGUAGAUGACGAUGCCGAUGAUGAGCUGAGAUACUCUCUAUCAGGUGAUGACAGUAAUAAAUUUUCCAUUAGUAAAAGCGUCAUUGAUAUCCAAACUUCUGCGAAAUUCGAUCGAGAUAUUGAUAAAAAAUACUACGAUAAGCUGUUAUUGACUGUAACAGAUUUGGCUAACCACACGGACAGCAACCGGUUAAAUAUCACCAUCAUUGACAUCAAUGAUAAUGCUCCGAAAUGUACUCCGGAUACUUACAUGGUAGAGAUCAACGAGGACGUAUCUAUAGGAAGUGACGCCAUUUCGAUAAAAUGUCAGGAUAUGGAUGAAGGUAGGAAUGGAUAUAUCUCAAUGCAUUUUCAAAGUACUGCAUCUUCGGACAAAUUUGAAAUUAGACCAGACGGAAGAAUUAAAAUAAAGAGUAUCUUGGAUUAUGAAUCUCUGGAGAAUUUUAAUUCCUUCCUCAAAUUAACAGUUUUUGUUAAAGACAACCCACGAGAUUCAAAGGAUUCUUUGACAUCGACAGUAACAGUCAACGUUAAGAUUCUCCCCGUUAAUGAAUACAGUCCUACCUGGGUGGAAUUUUUACCUGCAUCGCUUAACAACGUUUAUUAUGUUAGUGAAAAUGCAGUCAUUGGCACCGUCAUCCUAACAGUGAAGGCAGAAGAUCAAGACAGAGGACCGAACUGUUUUAUCAUUUAUCGCCUCGUGAGCAACAGCGAGAGUUCAGCCAAGUUUAGAUUGGACAGUAUUACAGGUGAACUAUCAACAAAAUCUUUCUUGGAUCGAGAUGUCAAGAGUGGUGGUCGACAUUCCUACAAGUUACAAGUGGAGGCCAUAGACAACGAAGGUGAAACAUCGGGUGUCUCACAACUGACUAUUAAUCUCCUAGAAUACAACGACAACGCUCCAACUUUCUCUAAAUCUGUUUACGGAGUCACAAUCAAAGAGAGUAUGCCGGUCGGCGGAAAUGUCGUUUUACUCUCAGCAGACGACAUUGAUGAAAGCACCAACUUGUCAUUGUAUAUCGUUGACGGAGACAAGAAUAAAUUCGGUUUCCACAGCUCCGUUUCUGGCCAGAUAAUAUUAUCAAAAUCAAUAGAAUUAGAUGGAUUAAGGCCUGAUCCGAGUCUCUAUUCCCUCAAAGUAAUUGUGAAAGACGGUGAUACAAAUGAAAAAACAGGAAGCUGUCGAGUGUUAAUCUCUGUGGAAUCUGCUAAUGAUAAUACCCCAGCAUUUGAAAAGACAAAGACUAUCAUGAUUCCUGAAGAUCAUCCGGUGGGAGAUUCAGUCAUUAUCUUAACAGCUAAGGACUUGGAUUCUGGUAAAGAUGGUGAAAUCAUUUACUCGAUAAUAGGAGGAGAUCCUACGAAAACCUUCUCCAUUAAUAGUAACACAGGAGAGAUUCAUCUUGUUAAACCAUUAGAUUUUGAGACUAUGUCGGAUCCUGUGUUUUACUUGAACGUUAGUGCCCAGGACAGAGGAACUCCAAUGAAAUCUAGCAACACCAUACAACAGAUAGACAUUGAAAAUGUGAACGACAAUCUACCGAUAUGCUCGUCAACAUUUAUUAAAGAAUACAUCAACGAUAAUGCAACAGCAGGCUAUAAGAUCACCCGGCUGAAAUGUACCGAUAGAGAUAAAAUAAGAGCUCUGACGUGUUAUAUUAACGGAAAAAACAAAGAUCUUUUUUCUAUGAACACUGACGGAGAUUUGUUAUUGAAGAGAGGCGUAGACUAUGAUUCUGGGCCGUCACACUUUUCUGCUGAAAUCACAGUAACCGACGGAAAGCACAGAAUUUUGGUGUUUUUGAUGCUAGUCUUACUCCCUACCAAUGAUGCCAGACCGGUUAUUUUGCCAGCGUCUGAUAAUGUUACGUUGAAAGAAAACCUACCACCAGGGACUACCGUUACUCAUGUAACGGCGACAGACGCCGAUGCAGCUCCUCAUAACAUUGUGAAAUACCAGUUGCUUGGAGCAUCCAACAAGUUCGGAAUAGACAGAUCGUCUGGAGAAAUACGACUUCUCAGUUAUCUGGACUAUGAAGUUCAAACAUCGUAUCAGCUGAAGGUGGUUGUUACAGAUGGAGGAGGUCUGAAGGUAACGUAA